AUGAGUUAAUAAUCUUCUAAUCAAUAUGCAUAUAAUCAAGAAUUAUAUGAAUAGCAUAUAAAGUAAUUGGAUAAAAUAAAAAACCAAAUAGAAGCCCAAGAUCAAUUCAUUAUUACUUAGCCAAUAGAACCAUAAAUAUUAGAAUCAGAAUAUUUAGAAAAUUAAGGAUUUCUUAAAAAGGUUAAUGUAAAUGAUUGAAAGGAAUUUUAGAAAAUCAGUCAAUCAUAUCCAUUUUUUAGAAGAAUGAGGAGAGAUGGUAGCUGCUUUUAUAGAGCAGUUCUGUUUAGAAUAUUUGAAUAUAUCUUCAAUCAAAAGAUUAGCAAAUAUUAACUAAAUUUAGUACUAUCAUUUUCAAUUCAAAGGCAGAUUUAACAGCUGUUGGAUAUGAAUUAAUUGUUAUUGAUGAUUUUUAUGAUGUAAGUUCUUAAAUAUAUAUAGGAUAUUAUGAAAUAAAUAAAAUUAUGUCCAAACAACAUUAAUAAGUAAGGGAUAGUAGACGCAUUUUGCAAUAAAGUCACAUCUGAUUACCUUAUUAUGUGUAUGAAAAUGAUGACAUCUUUUUAUAUCAAAGCAAAUUCAUUUAUAUAAGAAGUUACAUAGAAACAGGAACAGUUGUAAUAUUUUGUAAAUAAGAAGUUGAUCCAAUUGAUAAGGAAGCAGAUUAAGUAAUAAAAAAUUAUUUAAUAAAGAUUUAAAUCAUAUCAUUGUAUAACUACUUACAAAUUCCAAUUAGGAUGUUCUAUUUGGAUGGGAAUAUUGCCAUCUUCGAUGCCGCUAUUUUUUAAAUUCCAGAAGAUGCAGAUCCAAAUUCUAUAUUUAUUAAUUGAUUAUAAAGACCUCGACAUUAUGACAUUCUUUAUCCAAAAUGAUGUUAUUUAUUAUCAUUUUCAUUUUUACAAUAAAAUAAUUAUUUUGAUAUUCCAUCUUAUUUUUUUAUGUUGGUUGUUAUAAUAUAAUGUUUUAAGAGAUCAAUUUAUAUUUUUUGAAUAAAGGAAUCUCUUCUAUUUCUUAGUUAUUAUAUGA